AUGUGGACAAAGUCGUUUGGUAUUGCAAUGGGUUCAUUGAUUAAGAACGAUGAUCACAUAUCAAACACAAUUAAUAAUAUGUUUCAGGGCUUGUACCGCGCAUUGAAGGGUCGGGUGAAUGGUUUAGGAUAUCCCUCAGAUGAACGACUGAUGCCAUACUUGGAGUUAGCCAGAUUCGGGUCAGCAGCAUUGAUCCGGACAUUUGAUUUUCGGUACGAUUUAAUAUCCGCAUUGGUCGAGCGUUGGUGCCCAGAGACCCAUACUUUCCAUUUGCCAUGUGGGGAGUGCACUGUCACUCUGGAGGAUGUUGCUUUGCAACUUGGGCUCCCAAUCAUCGGGACUGCUGUAAUGGGCAUAAGUACGAUACCUGAGCCAACUGCCCUUUGUUAUAGCCUACUAGGAGUCUCGCCCAACGAUGUUGAGUCUAAAUUUAUGGCUUUGAGAUUUUUAUGGCUGAAAGUCAAAUUUGAACAUUUAUCAAUUAAUACCACUGAGCAGGAGAAUGUUCGCUCGUAUAGUUGGGGUUCAAUAGUUCUGGCUAUGUUGUAUCGUGAGCUUUUUCGGACGACAAAGCCUAAUGUCGUAGACAUAGGCGGAUGCUUCAUAUUGUUGCAGUCAUGGGCUCUUUAUCGGAUGCCAUUCUUGGCAUCGGUUAGGCACCAAGCAUACGUAUUUCCACUGGGGAACAGUACCAAUCCGGGUAUCAAGAGGUUAUACACUAUCCCGAUAUAUCGUCUGAUGAUUGAACAACAUGCUGAGGAAGGGUUUAUCUGGAUGCCAUAUCGGAAACCAGAAAUUGUGGUUGUUAUACCCUCGUUUGCCCACAUUCAUUCUCACUUGUGGUGCAUUAAUGCACCAAUUAUAAAUUUCCAGACAGUCGAGUGGUAUAAUGGGGAUCGAGUACUCCGGCAAUUUGGUUGCAUCCAAUAUAUCCUGGCUCCGCCAAUGUAG